AUGACACCAGAACAGAAGGAUAUCGGGCAGUACUGGUGGAACAUCAACAUACCCGAGAGUCAAUGGACCCCAGAAUGUCCCGAGUUUCUGGUUGGGCAGACCGCGAAAAACAUAGGGAUCCUAUCCCGAAACCCGGAUGAAGACCGUCGUCGAUUCAAUUGGGAAGAAGUGCAGGAAUUUGCCAAGACGAAUCGAAUCCACCACUUCGAACGCUCUGCAAGCGCACUCCGUGCCUAUCUCGAAUACAUGCACCACCUGAAGAAGACAUACGGCUCGGUGCUGGCAUUCAUUCAGCAUCAGCGUCUACAUUGGGACGAGAUCGUUCCGUCGAGCGACAAGCACUUCAGCAACCCAGCAGACUUCAAGGUACUCUACAACGACUGGCCGUAUCACAUCGACGAGGACAUUACACACUUGAUCGUCUGGACGAAAUGGCAGAUGGACGAUGAGCCUGCCACGGAAGAACCCACGGCCGAGACGCGGCGGGAAAUCGAGGAGUUCAUCGUCAAGACCUUUUGUGAGCCAAAUGCUGGUGUUACAAGGAGAAUAGAGAGAGAUCGGAUUGUCUGGUUCAAGAACUGGAAAAGUUUGAAGAGCGUACAUGCUUUGGGUGGGUAA